AUGAUAACAACCUUAUUUAAUCCCUCGCUUGACGAGUUCUUCCACACAACCUACCCUUUCUCUUCCGUCUUUACAGAAGUAACCCCUACUGCCAUUGCCACACAAUACCCUUCGAACAAACAAAACCUUGAUCUCAUUGUUGGGUCUUGCCAUAUAAUCAUAUGUUUCGACCUGGAUCGAGGUUUCACUCUAUUGUGGAACCCUUCCAUAAGAAAAUUUUCCGAGUUGCCUUCCUCUUUGGAUGAACCACACCGACUGCGAGCUCACGUAACAUAUGGCUUUGGCUAUGAUUAUUUCAGUGGUGCUUUUCAGGUUGUUGCCUUUUCUGGCUAUAGUAGUGGCAGUUUGGAUGGCAAGGUUUUCAAAGUUAAGGUGAAGGUUCAUACUGUCGGUACUAAGACAUGGAGAAGGAUUCCAGAUUUCCCUUAUGGUGUCCCUGUUGAUGAAUCAGGAAAGUUUGUAUGCGGAUCUGUUAAUUGGCUGACACGUUAUGGUUCAGAUUAUGUCAUUGUUCCUCUUGAUUUGGAGAAGGAAUCUUACAGAAAGCUAUUGAUGCCUUAUUAUGGAGAGGUGGUUGUGAUUAAAUCAACCUUAGAGGUGCUCAAGGAUUGCUUGUGCACUCUUGCUUUUGCUAAUACUUUUUCGGAUGUUUGGCUUUUGAAGGAGUUUGGAAAUGAUGAAUUCUGGAUUAAAUUGUUCCGUCUUCCUAGCAUGGAAGAUCCUUAUGGUUUUUGUUUUUAUGAAAGGUUACUGUAUGUUUUUGAGGAUGGGAAAGUACUUCUCCAAUUUCACUCUGAGUUGGUUGUUUACAAUCCCAUAGAUGGUACUCUCAAGACUCUUCAACAUAUCUAUGGUGUUUCUGAAGUCUACCAUGAGAGUGUAGUAUCACCUCUUUGUUUUGACAUGUGCAGCGGGUAUUGA